CGCUUUUCGACUUGAAUCACCAGCAACCCACUCGUCAAACCACACAUCACCGCCAACAUGACGAAGCGCACAAAGAAGGUCGGAAUCACCGGUAAAUACGGUACCCGUUACGGUGCUUCUCUGCGUAAGCAGGUCAAGAAGAUCGAAAUCUCCCAGCACGCCCGAUACACGUGCACAUUCUGCGGAAAGGUGUCAGUGAAGCGUGUUGCUGUUGGAAUCUGGGACUGCAGGUCAUGUGGAAAGACUGUUGCUGGAGGCGCAUACACCGUGUCGACACCAGCUGCUGCUGCCACCCGCUCCACCAUCAGACGUCUGCGCGAGAUUGCUGAGGUUUAAAUGACGAUUCUGGUUGCAUUGGGGGGAUUCCAAGGAGUUAUACACAUGGCCUCAUGUAGGCUCGACAUGUGAUGCCCAGCAUGGGUUUGAGCGAGGAACGGUUGACUAGCGAACUCGACGAAUGAAACUCUCAGAAACGACCUCAAGUUUGCAUUUUUCUACCAUUUCCAUUCGAUCGGCGAACGGUAUAUACGUCCUCUGCGACCACCUUAUCGUCUACUCGGCGUUUCCUUUUGUCUUUCCCAUUCAGCAUGAGAGCCUGAUCGCGCCAAUCGGAAUUAUGAGACAUAGUGGCUCGUGCAGAUCACGGCUUGCAUUUGUGGUCAUCAGUGCAUGUUACG